AUGCCAUCAACCAUCGAUAUACUCAACCCAUACGACAUCUCGGAGGACAUUCUAACAAUAAAGGCAAAUGUGAUAUACGGGCAGUUGCUGAAGUACACCGAUCAGCGGCGCAAUUUCUCUAAGAUACUUAAACGAGCCAAGCCGACGGUGGUCGCCACCCUGGAUAUAGGGGCAGCAGUGAGUAUAAUAACAAAAAAAUUGCUGGAUAAACUUCAUUUGGAAAUAAACGAGAAAUCCACUUCCGUCAUCAUCACCGUUAACGGGAUGAGGGAAAGGACCCUGGAGAAAGCUAGGGAGGAACGAGACACUCCUACUGGGGACCGAUUGGAGUUGAAAGUGCCUAUUUCGUAUAAUGGCAUCGAAGGAUUAGCAUAUCCAGAUGAGGUAGAAGCGAAUGAUUAUGAGAGUGGAGAUGUCUUCGACGAGUGGGAGUACGAGAGUGAAGAAGGGUUAGAAGAAAAAGGUUAUUAUACAGAGGAGCGAUCGGAGGGAGAAGAGGCAACUCUCGAAGAAAUUCUGAGUCCCGCUAUCCACCUGGCUGCCCUGGAAGAAGUGCCAACAUGGGAAGAGGGCGAGCUCACCAUCGAAGAACCAAAGAUGGAUUUAGACAAUCUGUCAGAGGAAAAAAGGAGGGAGGUGGUGAAACUUUUCGAAACAAAAGACGAACUAUUCACUAGAGAACUGGACGAACUUACUCAGACCAACGUGAAACGGGCGAAGAGUGCGGAAGUCAAAGGAGCAAAAAAGAAAAAGGAAGUGAAUAAUCGGUUCGAACAAAUAGAAAACGACUCAGCCUACUUGCACGACGAAACAGACAUUACAAACAGCAAUAUAGUAGACCAACAAUAA